CCGAUCUGAAGAGAGACAUUUCUGGAUGGACAGAGAGGAUGAGAGCGGCUCGGGAGCGUCCGUAGGGAUCGCAGGGAGUCAGUCGGGCUUUGGGCGUGCGUCAUAUUGCGUGUCUCGUCAAAGGAACAGCGCGGAAAGAGAAGCGGUAAGUGGCUAGAAACCCACAAAAAAACAAAAACAGCGAAACACCUGCGGCAAAGCUGGGACCUGCGAGGGACGUGUGGAGAUGGCUUUCACUUCACAGGAGGCUUAGAAGCUGCUGAUAGCUGGCGAAAUCUUUGGAAAAAAACUUACUAUUUUGAAUAGCAGUUCAGAAACUUUCAACCAAUCAGAUCACUCAUUGGGCUAUAGCUUUUGGUCAGAGCAAUCAUCAGUACAAACAGCACAGACCCAGAGUCACAACAACUCACUUUGUGCUGCUAAACUCCUUAGCUGAAGAGCAGUAGAAGUACCUUCAUGUCCCAACAGUUAAGUCUUUGUCAUGUCAGUGUCAGCUCUAGUGCCACAUGAGUUGGCAUGGACCAAGAUUUGACCCUCACUCACAUGCUAUCACACACCUGGAACUUGGGUAUCACCGUAGGCACCGUGAGCCGCUGACUCCUGGGAGCCCCCAACCCUCCCCAAUGAAGCAGUCCUGGUGGGCCCGCCUGGCACAGCUCGGCCUGCUCGCUGCGUGGACCUGCGCAUGGCUGGUCCAGGGAUGCGGACCGGGCCCCGGGUACGGCAUCCGCCCCAGGCCCAGGAAACUCACGGCCAUGCACUACAAGCAGUUUUUCCCCAACUUCUCAGAAAACAACCUCGGUGCCAGCGGGAGGGCAGAGGGCAAGAUCACACGCAACUCUGAGCGCUUCAAUGAACUUGUGUGCAACUACAACCCAGACAUUGUGUUCAAGGAUGAGGAGAACACCAACGCAGACCGCUUCAUGACUAAGCGAUGUAAGGACUGUUUGAACAGGUUGGCUAUCGCAGUGAUGAACCAGUGGCCAGGGGUACACUUACGUGUGACAGAGGCCUGGGAUGAGGAUGGUCACCACCCUCCCGGCUCUCUGCACUAUGAAGGCCGGGCCGUGGAUAUAACCACUGACGACAGAGAGACAGAGAAGUAUGGUCUCCUAGCCCAGCUGGCUGUGGAGGCCGGCUUUGACUGGGUCCACUAUGAGUCCAAAUAUCACAUCCACUGCUCAGUAAAAGCUGAUCACUCCGUGGCGGUGGAAAAAGGUGGCUGUUUCCCCGGCUGGGCCCGGGUGACUGUUGCUGGAGGGGCGCAGAAGAGCCUGUCGUCACUCGCUCCUGGGGACCGAGUCAUGGCCCUGUCUGGGACGGGCCGCGUCGUGUUUAGCCACGUCCUCUUGUUUCUGCACCGCAACCAAGAAAGCUGGUCUACUUUUCUGUCUCUGGAGACCGAAGACGGCCACAGACUGGCUGUUACCCCACAUCACUUGGUCUUUUUAGCCCCCCGCUGCAGACUCCCCAGCACCGAGUACCAGGCUCAAUUUGCUAGCAGAGCCAAAACAGGAGACUGCGUUCUCGUACAUACAGCGGAGGGUCAAGUACGUCCAUCUCGAAUCAUCUCAGUUUCAGCAGAGGAGAGUGUGGGAGUGUAUGCGCCCUUGACAGAAGCUGGAACUGUGUUUGUUGAUGGGGUGCUGGCAUCCAGCUAUGCACUGGUGGAGGACCACCGACUCGCACACUGGGCAUUUGGACCUGUGCGACUCCUCUUCUCAUUCAACUGGCUGCUGUGGGGGAAGACAACGAAAGAAGAGCAGAUCACAGACAGUGAAACAGCUUGCACUAAGUUUCCAAUGAAUUGUAGCACUUUGGCCGCAAAGGACAAAGCAGGUGUAUAUGUGAACAAUGGCAUCCUGGGCAAACAAGACAACCUGAGUGAACCUCUGAAGAUGGGAAUGAUUGAGAAGCACCGCUCGCAGAGACAGACGUCAGAUGUGCACUGGUAUGCUAGGCUACUGUACAGUUUUGGACGCAUCUUUUUAGAUGCCAACUCAUUUCAUCCUUAAAAGCCUAAAACUGUAGACUUCUUACAUGUCACACUGUUCAGUGUUACUACUUUGAUACAUUUACUCUAACACUUCCUGUUCUUUUCUUCAAUAAACUGAAAGCACUGGAAUGGCUUGCUUGCUUUUUUCAACAUUGUUUCCAAUAUAAUCAUAAUGCUAAUACCUAAGUAUAUUUUAUAAGAGAUUAAAUUUGAUGAGGCAAAUUGUGUGAGCAGGUUAAUGUAAAAAUGGUCAUGCCAAAUGACUGUAUUAUAGUCUAUUUGUACAUCAUGUUAUUUCUUUUUUCAGUAUAUGUAAAAUAUAUAUAUAUUCUAAUGGGAUCGAAUGAAUUUUCCCACUGCAACAGAAUCUUUAUUUUUGUACUUUCUGAAUCAUAAUAUAUAAAUGUUUUAUGUUAUUAUAAUAAUUCCACUACAUGUAUUGUAUGUCCUCACCUGUCAUGUCAUAAAACAAAUUAAAAUGUCAUUUUAUUAAGCAUCACUCUGCUUUUUCCUCAGCUCCGGAGUUAAUUUUGUCUACCACGCUGAUUUGUCUUUUGCUUGUUUAGCACAACUGAGCUGCUCUGCGUGAAAAAACCCUGAGAUAUAUGCAAGAGAUCAUUUCUAGGGUUGUAGUUGAGCAUUAUGUAUAUUACAGGGUUCAAGACCUCUGUGGAAAUCUAGCCUGACAGGCUGACGGGUUAAUGAAAAGCCCAGACGUACUUAAUAUUCCCCACACUGAGCCACCACCUUGACUUUAUCACAGUCACAGACUUUAUCGCCCGGCUACUUUGAGGGAGUUAUCAGGUUUCUUAGAGUCUUAGAAGACAGUUUCAUUAGUAUUUACUGGUCAAUUUGGGGACACAAGUAAUAUACCUGUUAGAGGUUUAGCACAAUUCAUUGUUUAAACAGCUUUCUAUUUUGUUGCUUCUCAUGUCUACUUGAUGUCCACCAGUCUCUACUAUAAUGUUACAAACAGAGUUUAAAAAUUACUAGUAAAUAUCUACUUUCAUUAUUUUUCAUGCAAAACUACUUUUUAAAGAUACAUUUGUGUCAGACAAUACAGUAGGACAAGGUUAUACACCCCCUUGUGGAGGAACUGAUAUGUCAGAAUUUUAGCUCAUACCGUUUCUUAAAUGU